AGAAAGUCCCGGAAGAAGAAGAAAAAGAAGAAGAAGAAGAAGAAGAAGCGGCUCUGCGCUCGUGCGCUCCGACUGCGCUCGCGUGGCACAGGUGAAAAAACGAGCGCGACAGGUUCACCGGUAAACAAAGAAGAAGAAGAAGAAGAAGACGACGACGAGGGGGAGAACAAGGACACGACACCGGGGGGGACAGUUCCACGGAUACGAGACUCACAGGCUGGUGAAGCUGGAGAUCAGUGUCUGAUCCAACAUCCUGAUACACUGUGCACAGAGCUCCACACGUGAAACAAGUUGACUCACAAACCCAGCGACCGGCGGACGCCAGUCCACCGUCAGGUCCUCCGCCAUGGCGAGCCAGGACCCCGUCAAUCCGUCGCAUGCCACGUUUGACCUCUUCGUCCAAGCCCAGACUUGCAAGGAUGUGAGGCACCACUUUGCCGAGCUCUGCCGGCAGGUGGACAUCGACCCCCGGGGUUUCAGGACCUUCUACGUCAAGCUGAAGGAGCGGCUGAACUACUGGAAGGCCAAGGCGCUGUGGACAAAGCUGGACAAAAGGGCGUCCCACGCCGACUACCAGCAAGGAAAGGCCUGCACCAAAAACAAGUGUCUUGUGCUGGGAGCUGGACCAUGUGGGCUGCGGACGGCCAUCGAACUGUCGCUGCUGGGGGCCCAGGUGGUGGUGUUGGAGAAGAGGGAGUCGUUCACCAGGAACAACGUGCUCCACCUGUGGCCCUUCACCAUCUCCGACCUCCGCGGGCUCGGGGCCAAGAAGUUCUACGGCAAAUUCUGCACGGGCUCUCUGGAUCACAUCAGCAUUCGUCAGCUGCAGUUGGUUUUAUUGAAGGUGUCCCUUCUCCUCGGGGUGGAGGUGCACACCGGCGUGGAGUUCCAGGGCUUGAUUGAGCCCUCGGGAGAAAACGGUUGGAUGGCCAAGCUGCAGCCUGCGUCUCAUCCCGCUGCAACCUUCCAGUUCGACGUCUUCAUCUCCGCAGGAGGAGGCCGAUUCGUCCCCGAUGGUUUUAAGCAUAAGGAGCUCAGAGGCAAGCUGGCAAUCGGAAUUACCGCCAACUUCAUCAACAGACACACGGCUGCUGAGGCCCAAGUAGCGGAGAUCAGCGGCGUAGCGCGCAUCUACAACCAGAAGUUCUUCCAGGAUCUGCUCACGGAGACGGGUAUUGAUUUGGAGAAUAUUGUCUACUACAAAGACGACACCCACUACUUUGUCAUGACUGCCAAGAAGAAGAGCCUGCUGAAGAAGGGGGUCAUUAAACAGGACUACAGCGACGCCGAUGAGCUACUGGCUCCCGCCAAUGUUGACAGCGAGGCUUUGAACGGCUACGCCCACGAUGCGGCCUACUUCUCCACGGGCGGUCACCUGCCUGACCUCCAGUUCGCCAAGAACCCCAAUGGCCAGCCAGACGUGGCCAUGUUCGACUUCACCUGCAUGCACCGGGCUGAGAAUGCCUCACUCGUCAGGGAGAGGAGGGGGAAGAAAUUGUUGAUGGGUCUGGUCGGAGAUUGCCUGGUGGAGCCUUUCUGGCCUCUGGGAACAGGCAUCGCCCGUGGGUUUCUGGCCGCGUUUGACACGGCGUGGAUGGUGAGAAGCUGGGGAAUGGGAAUCCCUCAUCUCAAGGUCCUGGCUGAGCGAGAGAGCCUCUACCAGCUCCUGUCCCAGACCACACCCGAGAACACCAGCAAAAACUACGCCGGUUACAGCAUCGACCCCAAAACACGCUACCAGAGGAUCAACGUCUCAUCCAUCCACACCAGCCAGGUGCAGCACCUGUACGAUGUUGAUAAGUUCCACCCAUCGAGCAAGAAACAGAAGGACAAGUUGCGUCAAGAUUCAAUCCGCGGCUUUGAGGAGUUGUUGAAGUGGUGCCAGAAUCACACGGCGGGCUAUGACAACGUGAACGUCAAAGAUUUGACCCAGUCCUGGAGGUCCGGUAUGGCUCUGUGCGCGCUGAUCCACCACUUCAGACCUCAGCUCAUUGACAUGAGCUCCCUGGACGCGUCCAGCGCUGUUCACAACAACCAACUGGCCUUCGGCAUCUUGGAGAGGGAGCUGGGCAUCCCUCCCGUCAUGUCCGCCGGUGACUUGGCCAACAGUGGUCAGAUAGACAAGCUGUCCAUGGUUCUCUACCUCACCCAGGUCCAAAAUGCCUUCACUGUGCCGGCCAAAGUUAAAAGUUUGGACCCUGCAGGAUUCCUGCCAUCGUCGAAGCCCCUGACUCUCUCUCGAACACAGUCGGCCGUCUUUUUCCUGAGCAAGCUCAAGUACAACUCACUCCAAAGACGCAAGGAAAAGCUGGCAUCAGAGAAACGAACGGGAGCGAGCAAGACGAGGAUGGGAGAUGAGGACAGCACGCCGGUGCCCCCCGCGUCCCCUGAGCUCAGUCCCACGCCGGAUCCCGCUCCCGCUCCCACUCCCGCCCAUGAGCCGGAGCCCGAACCCGGUGCCGGCGCGUCGAUGACGAACAGCGACGAGUGUUACUUCUGCGGUCAAAGGGUCUACGUGCUGGAGCGCAUCAGCGCCGAGGGCAAGUUCUUCCACCGGAGCUGCUUCAGCUGCCACCAGUGUGGCAUCACGCUCAGACUGGGCGGAUACAGCUUUGACCAGGCCACAGGGAGGUUUUACUGUGAGCUGCACUCGGAAGAGCUGGUGCUGGCAAACGGGGCUGAAACAUCUCGUAAGGAUGGGACAAAUGAUGAGAAUGGACUUUCCAGUGAUGAGUACACACUGUCUCCGUCGGACGAGGAGUACGAGCACACUCUGGACUCUGCCCCCGCUUCGAAAUCAGCGUCACAUAUCUGUGAUGGACAGGACCGGCAUAUACUUGAAUCCAAAGAUGAGCCCCAAGAACCUCAGACGACGAAAACUCCCACAGGUCCUCCGUCGAAAGCCGAGGAAGCGGCUCCCGAUGACGAGGAGAUAGAGGUGCUUCCUCCCAUGAUGCUCUACCCUGUCCCCAAGCCCCGCUACUCUCGGCAGACCGCGCCCAGCCCGCAGGCCUCCCCUCCAACGGCAAAACCUCGCACGAUCCACCUCUUUAACCCCUCGACUCUCGAAGAUCACUCGUCUCCGACCCCUACGAAAGAGAUCUCCAAGGCGGCGCCAGACUCCCGUCCUAAGCAAUCGCUGCGGAAGCUCCAGCUGAGCGAUGAGGAGAGGAGCCUGCUGGUGAACCUUCAAAGUUUCAGCGCCGACUCGGACUCCGAGACCCCUGGCGGGUCCUCGUCCUGCUCCUCCUCCUCAGCGACGGCGGCGGGUCCGAGCCCUCCCAAACCAGCGGGUGACGGGCAGGAAGAGGAGGGCUACUGGAGCGGCAGCACCACCAGCCAAAUGCGGGAGAAGAGGAAUCGCCGCUGCUUCAGGAGAAAAGAGAUGCCGAGCGGGCAGACCAGAGUACGAUCAAAGUUCUCCCCCUGGAAUCUGUCCUCCCCGAGGAUCAGCAGAGACGGCCGGCUCAGUGUCCUCAUUAAUCAUCCGGGGACCGUGGAAACAACAUUCAGACACGUUCACAGCGCCUCAGAAGAGGGCGCCGAUGGAGACGACGAUGACGACGACGACGACGACGACGAAGAUGACAUGUUUGAGCAAGAUGAUGUUAACCUGUACGAUGAGAAAUUUCAGACGGCGCCAUCGGACCCCGUGGAGGCGGAGAAGAGGGAGUUGAUGAAGAUGAGGACGCUGGAGCGACGCGCCAAGAUGAGCGAGUUACAGAGAUUGCGCAAUGCACAGUCCAUCCAGAGGAGGCUGGAGGAGAUCGAGGUGACCUUCAAGGAUUUGGAGGAUAAAGGUGUCGUGCUGGAGCAGACUCUGCGAGGAGAGGCCGGCAGCAGCGGUUCUCCGGACAUGAUCGAGCACUGGAUCCAACUGGUCCACGAGAAGAACGCGCUGGUUUCCGAGGAGUCCGACCUCAUGGUGGCGUCUCGACAGCUGGAGCUGGAAGACAAACAGAGCAUGUUGGAUUUGGAGCUCAGGAAAUACAUGGAGCUGAACGACAAGACGCCGGAGCAGCAGGCGGAAGAGGAGCGAGUCCUGCAGCAGAUGAUCGAGGUGGUGGACAUGAGGGAUUCCCUGGUGUCGUUCCUGGAAGAGAAGAGGCUGAAGGAGAUGAGCGAGGAGCAGGAGGCCUUCUCCAUCAUGGAGGCCAAGCGCCACUCCAAGUCAGGAGCUCAGGUUCACUGGGCAUAAGACUUUCUCUCUCACACACACACACACACACACACACACACACACACACACACACACACACACACACACGCACGCAGCAUGGGCGACAAAGCGUUUGCUCUCACAUCUGCCGUAGCGCCAGAAUUGCUCCUUUCCGUCUCGGAACCGGAAGCGUAACUUUUUUUUUGCAAAGCCAAAGAUGCUACUGGAUCAUUGUGGAGGGGUAACGCACCACAUGGGGAUUAAGGAAAAAGAAGAAAUCUUCCUGCAUAUAUUCAGAGGCUGAAUGAAUCUCUGUUUCACUCCAGCCCCCUAGAGGGAGACAUUAACCUGGAGAUCUGAGGCGUCGAGUCGACACAUCCGACAACAACAGCAAGGACUCUGUGGCUAUGAGCGCUGCCCACUGCGAUAGUGGAGCCACAAACACACCGCGGAUGGGAAAAAAAGAAAAAAGGAUCCGCAGUGUCUGCUGCACUAUCGAACAACAACAUCCACCACCAGACCAUCGUUACCCAGCGUCGGACUUGGCCUGGUGUCCGUGUCGGAGACAUGUGACUCCAAGUGCAAAGCAGCAUAAAGAUUUACAGCGGUGGGGGAAACCUGCAGCGUCUGGAUGUGGAGCAUUAGAGAAACUGUAGAUCUAGAUAACACAGGGUUGUUGGGGGGGUUUUGAAAAUAGUUUGAUGUUCAUUUUUAUCAUGAAUGAGUAUUAUGACUAUUGAACACAAAGGCAUAACACACAGUUCAUAUCAUAAUUUUACAUUUGGUUUCAUGAAUAGAAAUAUGAUCAAGAUAGUUUAAAAUAAUAGAUUUAUUACAGUAAAAUUUGUUUCUUUUUAGUUUCUUAUCCACUUUUCGGUUUUAGACGUUCACAAAUUUUUUUUGUGGCACUUCCUGCUCUUCGCCUCGUUUUUCCCCAAUAGCACGUUGGGUAGUUAAACUCAGGGGUCGACGGUUCCAGGACUCUCGGGGUUUUUUUUUUCGACCGAUGGCCGCGCUCCGUCGGCUGCUCUUCAGGUGACGGGGGCGUAUUACGUGAACACAAGGGGGAUUUUUGGGGGUGAACGAGAAAAGGGUGACAGAACUGGAUUUGUGUUCAUCUAUUUAUAAAUGCUAUCUUUUAUCAUUUGCAGGUGUUUUUUCCUUUUCAUGUGCCGGCACAAUAGCCCCCCCCGAUCCAGACACAAAGACCAGUUUGUUGUUAGUGUAACGAAAGGAGCCUUAUAUGUAUUAUAUUGCUCUGCUGCCAUUUUGUGCCACCUGGGCAGCACCUCUCACAUUAUAUCAAAUAAAGAUCACGCACUUUG